CAACGAUUCACUCAACGUGUUGCUUGCGGGAGAGGACGGAGCCGUGCAAAUAGCCGCUUGGAGCGCAGGCGCAGCGCGUGUGUGGAAGAUUCGAAGAAGUUCUCCCAUAAAAGUCAGCUAUGAAACCAGGAUUCAGUCCUAGAGGUGGUGGCUUUGGCGGCCGUGGACGAGGAGGAGGGGACAGAGGAGGAAGGGGAGGCUUCCGAGGGGGUCGCGGAGGCGGCGGCGGCUUCCGAUCUCCUGGUGGUGAAGGUGGUUUCCGUGGCCGUGGCGGAGGCCGUGGAGGUGGCCGUGGGACUCCCAGGGGCAGAGGGGGAAGAGGAGGCGGCGGCCGCGGGGGCUUCAGGGGAGGCAAGAAAGUCACAGUGGAACCACACAGACAUGAAGGAGUGUUCAUCUGCCGUGGUAAGGAAGAUGCGUUGGUGACAAAGAACUUGGUUGUUGGCGAGUCUGUCUAUGGUGAGAAAAGAAUUAGUGUGGAGGAGGGAGAAACAAAGCUUGAGUACAGAGCAUGGAACCCUUUCCGUUCCAAGUUGGCUGCAGCCAUCCUGGGAGGAGUGGACCAGAUCCACAUAAAGCCAGGUGCUAAGGUCAUGUACCUUGGUGCAGCCUCUGGAACCACUGUUUCUCAUGUCUCUGACAUCGUUGGUCCCGAAGGUUUGGUGUACGCAGUGGAGUUCUCACAUCGGUCAGGAAGAGAUCUGCUCAACGUUGCCAAGAAGAGAACCAACAUCAUCCCCAUCAUCGAAGAUGCCCGACACCCACACAAGUACCGCAUGCUCGUGGGAAUGGUGGAUGUGAUCUUUGCUGAUGUGGCGCAGCCUGACCAGACAAGGAUUGUUGCUCUUAAUGCACACAACUUCCUCAAGAAUGGUGGUCAUUUUGUCAUUUCAAUUAAGGCCAACUGCAUAGACUCAACAGCUGCCCCUGAGGCUGUGUUUGCAGCGGAAGUCAAAAAGAUGAGUGCAGAAAACAUGAAACCUCAGGAGCAGCUGACACUGGAGCCCUAUGAGAGGGACCAUGCUGUUGUUGUGGGCGUGUACAGACCACCUCCCAAGCAGAAGAAAUAAAUCCUAGUAGGUCGCUGCAUUAGCACCUUGCACUGAUCCAUUGUUUGCCGUCUCAACAAUGACCACGAGAGGGAGGCAAAGAUCUCCAUAAGGAUGCAUUGGCCAGGCCACGACAUUAAAUUCCUUGCCUUUGCUUCUUCCCAUCUCCAAACCUGUUGUGGUGUUCCCACAGAAACAGCACACAUCUGUGUACCUGGAGCUUCGACACAACUUACUGUGGGGAGGGGCACCUUUUGGACAUGGAAACAGUUGUGCCCCCCUUUGUCCCAAACUGCUCUGCUUCUUCUGACUUGUACAAUAUUGUGCUAAAAAGUUGUUAGCUAGUGAAACAUUCAUAUUUCUUGAGUACCAAUGACUGAUAAGUUGUUUCAUAGAGAAACUCUCCUGUUCCACAGAAUAAAUCUAUCAAUUGUCUGUACAUGCUGUUUUUGUAAGGGCUUGAGUGCAGGAGAGAUACCAUACUUUGUGUACUGCAUGUGCUGUCACCCUGACUGCAAAAUGUUUUAUAUAAAAAUCUUACAAUAAAGUGUU